AUGGUUCGGCUUGACCAUAACCAGAUCGUAAACACUGGGGCCGGUGCAGAUGUCAUCCGGAUUGGUCUGGACGUCCCCCUGGCUGGAAUGGGCCUCCAGCAACUCUUCAUCGCCAUCUUCUUAGUUCUUAUGAUAACUUUCCACCGCCGUGCUGUGUCGAAGACUCCGGACAGCGAUUCCCAAGACGAGACCCCAAGCUCGUGCGCCCCGAAGGCAUUCUCCACGGCUCAAACCAACUUUGGAACCGUCGCCGAAUUUGGAAACUGCUCGACAUGGCACGUCUCGGCCAUGUCACUUUUGGUCACUGAACAUGAACAUUGGCCCGUUCUGAAUCGGCAGCAUAUUAGCAUACCUAUUGAGGGCAGCGACUAA